GGAGAGAAGGGGCAAGGAAAGACUGCUCCAGGAGGGGAUAGCGAGUGGAAAGACGGCCGAAAACGGUCUGACAACGUCCCGGAGCGCUUCAAGAGCCGUUGGAGCCGCUCGAAGCUCCUUUCGGACCGUCGUGCUUGUCAAAUCGUUGCUUAUUUGACAACCUUUACGCGCCACGGUGACUCAGUGAUUGCCCGUUUUGUGGGCUGCCUCUGUGCCUGUGUGGAUUACAGUCAUCACAGCGGUGUCAGGAAAAACUCCAGUGGAAGACUAACAGGGGGACAUACAUUACAGUAGGGUUUGCCUAUAAAUUGUGUAACAGAGAAGAAGUGCCCCCUGACAAAUGUUUUCACUACAGCUGCACACUUUUACACGAGUGCACCCAUUAGGACACAAAUUGCCUACCAGGAUUGUUAUUACUUGAUUUUUUACUCCACCAUCAUCAUGUACGGAAGCUCCCGUUCCGUCUCCAAGCUGGACGUCGUGGGAUCCAACGGUAACGGCUCAGAAAGCCCUGGACGUUCCCCCCGGCUCCCCCGCUCCCCACGUUUGGGACACCGGCGGAAUGGCAGCAGCAGCUCCACCAGUGGCGGGCUCACGGGCUCCGGAAAAACCUUGUCCAUGGAGAACAUCCAGUCGCUCAACGCAGCUUACGCCACAGGGGGUCCGUUGUACUUCACAGACGGAGCAGAAGAGCCAGUUGGACUCGGGAGCCUUGGGAGCGGCUUGAAUCCCUCGCUGCCGAAAAGCACCAUGACGCUGGGCAGGGCCGGGGCGAGGGUGCCCUACGGGGUGCGGUCUGCCUUUGUGGGGAGCAGCCCCAACAUCAACUCUGGAGUAGGAGGAGGUGCUGGUGGAGUCAUGUCCAGUGAUGCUAUAGCGUUUGGUGGGGAGGGGCAAGGCCAGACCCCGCUGGCUGCCACUGUGCCCCACUCCAUGAGACAGGUGAGGGAGGGCGCCAUGACAGACCUGCAGACCCAGCUGAGAGAAGUCCUGAGAGAGAAUGAACUCCUCCGCAGAGACUUGGAUGCCAAGGAGUCCAAGCUGAGCUCGUCCAUGAACUCCAUCAAAACCUUCUGGAGUCCGGAGCUGAAGAAAGAACGUGCGCUGAGGAAGGACGAAGCCACAAAGAUGGCCGUGUGGAAGGAGCAGUACAGGGUGGUACAGGAGGAAACACAGCAUCUCCAGUGCACCAUCCAAGCCCUGCAAGAUGAGCUACGAAUCCAGCGGGACCUCAACCAGCUCUUCCAGUCCGACUACCCCGAAUCGGGCCGCCUCGGAUCCCUGCAGGCCGUCUCCCCACAGGAAAUGACAGAGGAGAACUUCCUGCGUCUCCACAGCGAAUACGAGCGCCAGGUGAAAGAGCUCUUCCUCCUGAGGAAGACGGUGGAGGAAAUGGAGCUGAGGAUCGACACCCAGAAGCACACUUUGACCGCAAGGGAUGAGUCCAUCAAGAAGCUCCUGGAAAUGCUUCAGAGCAAGGGCCUGUCGUCGCGCGCUACAGAGGAGGACCACGAGCGGACGAGGCGCCUGGCUGAUGCCGAGAUGACAAUCCACCAGCUGGAGGGCCUGCUGGAGCAGAAGGACAAGGAAAUGCUGCAACUUAGGGAGGAGCUGCACAGGAGGUACGAAGCAGCUCCUGAGUCCACCAAGACUAAGGCCCUGCAGACGGUCAUCGAAAUGAAGGAUGCCAAGAUCAGCUCGCUGGAGCGUGGCAUGAGGGAGCUGGAGGAGGAGGUGAACAUGCUGAAGUCCAACGGAGCGCUGAGCAGUGAGGAGCGAGAGGAGGAGAUCAAGCAGAUGGAGGUGUACAGAUCCCACUCCAAGUUCAUGAAGAACAAGGUUGAUCAGCUGAAGGAAGAGUUAAGUCACAGCCAAUCAGAGACGGAGGAGCUCAGGAAACGGGCCAAUGAGCUCCAGCGCGAGGUGUCCGCAAUGGAUCAAGCCAAGCAGGAGCUGAAUCGUAAGGACAGCGAACUUUUGGCUCUCAGGACCAAGCUGGACACUCUGAACAACCAGUUUUCCGACAGCAAACAACACGUGGACGUCCUCAAGGAGUCUCUCACGGCCAAGGAGCAGAGAGCUGCCAUAUUACAGACAGAGGUGGACGCUCUGCGCAUUCGCCUGGAGGAAAAGGAGUCGCUUCUGUCCAAAAAGAGUCAGCAGAUAUCCGAGAUAACGGAUGAGAAGAGCACGCAGCACGGCGAGAUAACCGACCUCAAAGACAUGCUGGACGUCAAGGAGCGCAAGGUCAACGUGCUCCAGAAGAAGAUAGAGAACCUCCAGGAUCAGCUGAGGGACAAAGACAAGCAGCUGAGCGGCCUCAAGGACAGAGUCAAGUCUCUGCAGACGGACACCUCUAACACUGAUACAGCCCUGGGAAACCUGGAGGAGGCUCUGGCUGAGAAGGAGCGCAUCAUCGAGCGGUUGAAAGAGCAGCGGGAGAAGGAGGACAGAGAAAAGGGCGAUGAGAUGGAGUCCACCAAGAAAGAGCUGAAGGAGCUGAGGGACAAAGUUUCCCAGAUGCAGGCUGACCUUGCAGACCGUGAGGCCUGUGUUUUGGACCUAAAGGAAAAGGCAUCCUCCCUGGCCUCCUCAGCUCUGAAGAAAGACAGCCGUCUGAAGAGUCUGGAGAUCGGUCUGGAGCAAAAAAAGGAGGAGUGCGUCAAACUGGAGAACCAGCUGAAAAAGGCCCAGAGCGCGGCCGUCGAGUCCGCGGCCAGCGCUGAACUCUCGGAACGAAUCUCCCGCCUGGAGCAGGAAGUGAGCCGUCACAAAGAGGAUGCUGGGAAGGCUCAGUCCGAGGUGGAGCGCCUCCUCGACAUCCUGAGGGAGAUGGAGAACGAGAAGAACGACAAGGAGAAAAAGAUCCACGAGCUGGAGAGAAAGCCCUCUGCUUCUCAUCUGUGGCAUUCUUCGCCAUCACGAAAACAGGCCCAUCCCCCGUCUGCCUCUCAGCAGCCAAUGGGGGGCCUGGUGUGGGACUACCUGGGCACGCAGAUGAAGGAUCAGUCCAAGAAGGUGGCCAAUCUGAAGCACAAGGAGCAAGUGGAGAAGAACAAGAACGCCCAGCUGAUGGAGGAGGCCAAGAAGAGGGAGGACAAUAUGAACGAGAGCUCCCAGCAGAUAAAGGAUUCGCUGCGCAAUAAAGAGGAGCGGAUUGAGGAGCUGGAGGAGGCUCUGAGGGAAAGCGUUCAGAUCACUGCAGAGAGGGAGGUGGUGCUGGCCCAGGAGGAGCACGCCCGCACACAUGCUGAGAAACAGCUCUCUCAUAUUGAGCUGCAUGAGCUCAACACGGCUGGCUUUAGGUGGUCAAAGGUGGAAGACCUGCUGGUCGCCAUGGAAAAGGUGAAACAGGAGCUGGAGGUGAUGAAAGCCAAGCUGUCAUCCACUCAGCUGUCACUGGCCGAGAAGGAGGGUCACCUGACUGCUCUGCGGGCUGAGCGGCGGAAGCACCUGGAGGAGGUCCUGGAGAUGAAACAAGAGGCGCUGCUGGCAGCCAUCAGUGAGAAAGACGCCAACAUCGCCCUGCUGGAGCUCUCCUCAUCCAAGAAGAAGAAAACCCAAGAAGAGGUGGCAGCACUGAAGCGGGAGAAGGAUGGCCUGGUGCAGGAGCUCAAACAGCAGACUCAAAACAGGAUGAAGCUGAUGGCGGACAACUACGAGGAUGACCACCUGAAGGUGUCGUCUCCCAACGCGGAGUUGCCCAACAACCACAAGCCCUCUCCAGAUCAGAUUCUCUCUCCUCUCCUGGAUCUGGACCAGAACCGCAGCAAGCUGAAGCUGUACAUCAGUCACCUGACCUCGCUAUGUCAGGAGCGAGACCCCGUCAUCCUGCAGGACUUUGCCCCGCCCCCCUCCUAUCACCGCGCAGACUCCGCCUCCUGGCAGGCGGAGCUGGACGGCAUGACGCGGGAACAGUUGGAGGCGGAGUUAGCGCUGUGCGAGAGGGAGGGGGCAGAGCUCCAGGAGUACGCCAACCAGGUGCUGCAGCAGAUCGCCGACCGCUGCCCCGACAUUUUGGAGCAAGUGGUCAACGCCCUGGAGGACAGUAGCUGACAAAGUAGACGUCCAUCAAUGUAGAUAUUCACCAUCAUACUUAAUAACUGUGUACAGUGAGUGUUGACGUGCACACUGGUUUGUCUUUUUGCUGCUAUCUUUCUUCUUCUGUGGUGUCUCCUUCAGGACUCAGUGAGACAGUAACACUCGCAGUAAUCCCUUUACUCCACAGGUGUGUGACAAGGAAGGAAUCUUGUUGUUUUGGGUGGGGAGAGGAUAUAAAUGUUACCGAUUUUUGCUUUUGCUAAUAUAUAUAUAUAUAUGUGUAUAUGUAUAUGUAAAACACUAACUAACUAGACAAUUUACGAAUUCUGGGAAUCACCACAUUGUGGAUGAAUGAAUGAAUAAAAUUGGGAGACA